ACGAAGCCCAAUGGCGGCGCCCAUCACAGUGAGCGGCUGUUAGUCGAUCUGACGCCUUCUGUCUGCUCAGCGUGAAAACCCGUCCUGGUUUCAAAGCAUGGACACCGUAGGAGAGGACGAACCGGAGCCGAUAAAGCUGAAGUCCAUCAAGAACCGUAAAACCUUCACGGUGCCUCAGAGUGAUCGAUUCGGAAGCUGCAGAAGUGUCCGAGAGUUUGAGAAACUGAACCGCAUUGGAGAAGGAACUUAUGGCAUCGUGUACCGAGCCCGGGACACCAAGUCAGAUGAGAUUGUAGCACUGAAGAAGGUCCGCAUGGACAAAGAGAAGGACGGAAUCCCCAUCAGCAGCCUGAGAGAGAUCACCCUGCUGCUGAGGCUGAGACAUCCCAACAUAGUGGAGCUGAAGGAAGUGGUUGUAGGCAGCCAGCUGGAGAGUCUGUUCCUGGUGAUGAGUUACUGUGAACAGGACCUGGCCAGUCUGCUGGAGAACAUGCAGACUCCGUUCUCCGAGGCUCAGGUGAAGUGUAUCGUCCUCCAGUUGCUCAGAGGCUUGGAGUAUCUCCACCACAACUUCAUCAUACACAGGGACCUGAAGGUGUCUAAUCUGCUGAUGACUGACAAAGGCUGCGUUAAGAUCGCUGACUUUGGGUUGGCCAGGAUGUAUGGUAUUCCCCAGCAGCCCAUGACUCCCAGAGUGGUGACGCUGUGGUACAGAAGUCCAGAGCUCCUCCUAGGGUCCAAGACCCAAACUACAGCCCUGGACAUGUGGGCUGUAGGCUGUAUCCUGGCUGAGCUGCUGGCUCACAAACCUCUGCUGCCUGGAACCUCUGAGAUCCAGCAGGUGGACCUGAUCGUUCAGCUGCUGGGAACACCCAACGAAAACAUCUGGCCGGGUUUCUCUCAGCUGCCCCUCAUUGGUCAGUACAGUCUGAGGAAGCAGCCGUACAACAACCUGAAGAAUAAAUUCACCUGGCUGUCUGAUGCUGGACACAGACUGCUCAACCUGCUCUUCAUGUACAACCCACAGCGCAGAGCUACGGCCAAAGACUGUUUGGAGAGCUCCUACUUCAAAGAGAAGCCUCUCCCCUGUGAGCCAGAGCUGAUGCCAACCUUCCCCCACCAUCGCAAUAAACGGGCGGCUCCUCCGGCUGAGAGCCACGCCAAACGGAGCAGAGUGUGAUCAGGACGGUGAUGAUGAUGAUGAUGAUGAAGAGAUUCUCACUCAGAGGGUGGACGCUGGUUUCUGUCUCCGCUUCACGCACCGGGGACGUGGAUCUGGUCUGAAGGACGUUAAUGGAUUUUACUGUGUUUCAGAUCCAGAGUGUCGCAGAUCACAGUGAGACUGGUUGCACAGGACUCUGAGGCAUCAUGUGAUCAUGUGACCAUCUGAAAGCGCGGCGGCUGCACACUCCGCCGUGUAGACAGUGUGUGUUCUGUCAGCCUCUGGAUUAUUGCUGCCACCGUCUGCACAUUAAGUUCAACGUAAUGAGGUUUCCUUUACAAACACACUGAGACAGUGUGGACACUGUUACACCUGUCUCAGCUGUUACUGCCUACAGAUCCAGUAGUGUUCGGCUCUGUAACAUGUUUAAACCAGCAGCUAUUAAACAUAUG